AUGAUCUCCAAAUCGGCCGCAUCAUCAUCCUCUUCCUUAAUGAAAAAGAUUGUAAUUUUAACUGGGGCUAGCGAUGGCUUGGGAAAGGGUGCUGUCAAGCAUUUACUUUCCGAUUAUUCCAAUCCUUCGGUUCAUGUAAUAAUGGCAUGUCGUUCCGAAGAAAAGGCUUUGAAUGCUAUCAAAGAUAUUGAAAAUGAAUUGAGUACGAUCAAGGGAAGUGCAUCUUCUGAAAAUCUCUGUAAGGGAAGUAUGGAGUUUAUGAAAUUGGAUUUAUCGGAUUUGGAAAGUGUGAAAGACUUUGCCAAGAAAUUCCUUGAAAAAAACUUACCACUGCAUGCAUUGGUGUGUAAUGCUGGGUGUUGGAGUUCAAAUGAACGCAAAACAACCAAGCAAGGUUUUGAAAUGAGCUAUGGAACCAACCAUUUAGGUCACUUUCUAUUGGUUCAUCUCCUCCUCGAUAAGCUCAAAGAAAGUGCUCCUUCUCGAGUUGUCAUUGUCGCAUCUGGUCUCCAUAAACGAGGCAAAAUUCAAGACCUGUUACAAGAUCCUAAUUUUGAACACGUUUCCAAAUUCUCUGGAAAUCAAGCUUACAAUAAUUCGAAAUUGGCCAAUGUUCUUUUUGCCUAUGGUUUAGUUCGAAGAUUGACUCAACAAGCGUCCUCGUCGAACCACAAUCUUCCCCAAUGCGGAGUAAGUGUUUAUGCAUUGCAUCCAGGAGUGGUCAGUACUUCAUUAUUGAGAGAGGCCUUCCCUUCAUGGAUCAAACCAUUGACAUCAUUGCUUUUCCAAACGCCAGAAUAUGCAAGUGGAUGUAUUUCGUAUCAUGCUAUGGAUGAGAAGCAAGAAGGAGUCUAUGGAAUGAAGUUUUAUGAUCAAUGGAAGGAAAAGAAGAGUUUGAAUGACACUUAUUCGGAAAAGUAUCAGGAUCGAUUGUGGGAAUUGACCAUGUCUCAAUUGGCACCUUAUUUAAAUUGA